AUGGUCCGCCGGGAGGGUCGAUCCGUUUACAACAAAAUAUAUCAGCUGGAUGCAGAAAUCCUUGGGCAGAGGGCAUCUCUGUCGAUUACCAGCGUAUCUGGUCACCUCAUGGAACAUGCUUUCGGACCGGAGAUGAAAAACUGGACUACUGUGCCGAUCGGUACGCUAUUCGAUGCGCCAAUAUACAGCGUAAUCCCAGAUGGGAUGAAGAAUAUUGCCAGGACGUUGAAGUGGGUUCAAUCGGCAAAAAGUGAUGUACUGGUGAUCUGGACCGAUUGUGAUCGCGAGGGUGAGAGUAUCGGAGCUGAGAUUGCGAAGGUAUGCUUGGAAACCAAUCGACAGAUUGAUGUCUAUCGUGCUAAAUUCUCUGAGAUAACUCCACGUGCCAUUGAGAAUGCUGCACGUCAUCUCACCAGGUUAGAUCAGAAAGUUGUAGAUGCGGUCGAUUGUCGCUCUCAACUGGAUUUGAGAAUAGGUAGGGAUCUGAUUCGCUUGAGCCUUGUAAACCUCUUUUCUUCCUUUAAUGACUUACUAAAUGGUAUAAGCAUUUUCGGUAAACGAGUCGUCAGCUAUGGUUCAUGUCAAUUUCCAACGCUUGGAUUUGUUGUGGAACGAUACAAAGCAAUUGAAAGAUUUGUCGUUGAAACAUUUUGGAAACUCGUUGUUGAACACAAGAGGGAAGACAAAAAGGUAGCCGAAUUCACCUGGGAUCGUGUACGUCUGUUCGAUCAGGAUAUCGUCCAGAUCCUAUAUGACGACUGUAUGGAAGCUAGAGCUGCAAAGAUCGAAACCGUUACCAGUAAACCGAAAACGAAUUAUCGACCGCAACCGUUGGAUACCGUACAACUGGAGAAAUUGGCUGUUCGAAAACUGAGGAUGAGUGCUAAGCAAGCCAUGGAUAUAGCCGAAAAACUCUAUAACAAAGGUUAUAUUUCUUAUCCAAGAACGGAAACGAACAAAUUUCCCAAGAAUAUGGACUUAUCAGCCCUGGUGAGACAACAGACGACUUCUCCCAAAUGGGGUGACUUUGCAGCUGAGGUAUUGGAACACGGUCCCAAUCCUCGGAAUGGCACGAAGUCGGACGAAGCUCAUCCGCCGAUUCAUCCACUGAAACAUGUUGCUGAGUACGUGACGCCUUCUAUCCUAAGACAAUUCGUAACUUCAAGAAACUCGCGUCGGGGUACGUUUGUUAUGCGAAUUGGAGGAGAGACGUUCCAUGCCACUGGCCUUUGUGUACAGGAUCUAGGAUAUUUACGGGUAUAUAUUUACGACAAAUGGGGUAGCAAAGUGUUACCGAUUUAUAUGGAAGGAGAAGAGCUCACUGAUUAUCGUCUUCGAAUAGCAGAUGGGCAAACACAGCCACCUGAACUACUUAAUGAAGCCGACUUAAUCGCCCUGAUGGAUAAAUAUGGUAUUGGUACUGAUGCAACACAUGCUGAACAUAUUGAGAAGAUUAAGACAAGGCAGUAUGUGGGCGUUCGUGACGAUGGGCGUUUUAUUCCCGGAUUUCUCGGUCUCGCUCUCGUCGACGGCUAUGAUGCUAUGGGUUACGCCAUGAGUAAACCGCAAUUGAGAGCAGAUUUGGAACGCCAACUGCAGGCCAUAUGUGCUGGAGAGCGUACGAAACAGGAGGUGCUAACCGAACAGUUGGAAAAAUAUCGACGAAUUUUCGUUCAAACCGAAGCAAAGGUCAAUCUCCUUUCCGAGGCCUUCGCCAGGUAUUUGAAUUCGAACUCAAACGGUCUAGCAGCUGCAGCCGCCAAUAUUGGAAGGGGUGGAGAUAAUGGUGGGCGUCGAAGAGGAGCAACUUCUUCUAACAGAAGGACUAAUCGGCUUCCAUACUUUCAAAAUGUCCCUAUAAACCCUAAAAUGGAAAUAGUCAACUUAUAUAUUUUUAUAUCAGAUAAUAACUUUGGAGACCGGAAUGGCAGUGCAGGACGACAAUCGAGAGAUAACGGCACUGGUACUAGGCAAUGUACUUGUGGAUUAGAUGCUGUACAAAGGACAGUACAAAAAGAGGGUCAGAACAAAGGGAAGAAGUUUUGGACCUGUUCAAAACCAAUGGGACAACCGGAUAAGUGCAAUUUCUUCGAAUGGGUUUGA